UUAUACGUAUGCUCAUUGCAGGGCCGGUCAUCGGCCAAAGCGCACGUUGCCACCGCCGCCGCCGCCGCCGUCGCCGUCGCCUCCUCCUCCGCGGAAACGUCUACGUGCUACAGAAACCUCGGACAUCCGUCAUCGCGACGGAGCCACGUUUCUCUCUCUCUCUCUCUCUCUCUCUUUCCUUUUUUCUCUCUGGCACGCCACGGUGGUGGUGCUUGCACACUUUGCGGUCAGCUUCCGGAUUACGCGGUUUCACGUUCGCGGUGAGGAGGUUUUCUGUUUUUCUUUUUUUUACAUUUGACGCGUUUCAAAAGUUGACGUGUGUGUGAGAAUCUUUUUUUUUAAUGGAGUGCGCGCGCGUGUUCGAUGGAGUUAAGCGAUUGAUGAAGGGAGUUUCUGUCAGCUGUUGAUCGGUUGCCAACGUUGAAUCUAGAUUGUUCUUCGAUGAAUCGGCGCAACUACGAGGGAGCACUGCGGCCGGCAGAAGUUUAGCGAAGAACAAGGCAACAAUUCACAAGUCUCUCGCAUCCAGACUGAGAAGUGGCGGGGAAAGUCUCAAGAGCUGCGGAGCAAAAUUUAUUCCAGAAUCCUGAUCCCACCGUUGACCACAAAGACAUCACAUAAGGAUCUGACGGAUAUGUCUCGAAUCCCUCUUAUGGCAUCUGAAAAUGGCUCGGAAGUCACAGAGCGUCAAAAUAUGGUGAUGCUCGAGGCUGGAUUACCCGGCGAUUCGUGGACGUACUGCGUCGAGAGAGAACGACUGGCCAGAAAAUUGGAAUGGUUUCGGGCAAUGCUUACGGGUCCGCUCGCACCGCCAGCGACAGAUUCGCCGCCGUUGUUGCGACUGGAGCACAUCGACAAGCGGGCGUUCGAUCAUUUUCUCAGAUAUCUUCACGACGAGCCCGUCAAUUUUAUAUCGGUAUCGACGGCCAGGGCCACGCUCGACGCGGCACAUCAGUACCUUUGUCCUGGGCUCGCGCGGCUCGCCGUGUCGUAUCUCGAGGAGCACCUCACGCCGUCGACCGUGCUCGAGAUUUACCAGGGCCUCGGACUCUACGCGAACGAUCUGCGAGAGGGUAAUCCCGGCCUUGAUAGAUCGCCGAAUUCGCCGUCGACACCAUCCCCGCCCGGGGACGACGCCGGUCAAAUAGCUGCCGUGUGCACCAAUCUUCUGCUCAAGUGCCUGUCUGUGAUCGACUCGAAUCCAGCUAAAGUGCUGCAACAGGAACAUUUCGAGGAGCUCAGCGCCGAGGAGGUUGCGCAAUUAGCACGCCGCGACACUCUGAAUAUCAGCAGCGAGUGCAUCCUGUUCUCCGCGUUGGACAGGUGGGCCGCGGCCGAGUGUAGGAGACGGGGUGUCGAGCCCCUGCCGACCAACAAGAGAGCCGUACUCUCGGACGACGUUUGCUUCAGCGUGCGGUACCUUCUUAUGAACGAUCGGGAAUUCGUCAGCGGCCCUAUGGCGAGCGGUAUCCUAACUAACGAGGAAUGCGUCCAUAUUGUCUCUAAAAUACUCAGGCAUCCCGACAGUUCGAAAAAUGAUAGCAUUCGGAGUAGCACAGCCAUUCAUCCGUCCAGGUUGUCCAGUACACCUAGGAUCCCAUACAAACGCGUGGAUGAGGACUGCAUGUUGAGGCCUGGUAAAAAGGAGCGACAGGAUAACCGGAAGAACAGAAGGAGAGAAUGUGCCAGUCAAGGGCAGAGGACUUGCGCUAGAAUAGGAAAUUGUCUCGUACAAAUCCUGGCUUGCGUGUUUGACUAAGCAUCACACUAUGGAAUCACAAUUAAUCACAGAACUUCCAAAUUUUCCUAGCGAAAAGGAUACUUCGUUAUCUCUCUACAUCACUUUGUUUUUCCGGUUGCAAAUUCCGCUCAAGGAAUCGAGACGCGGAAUAAUUGAUAAAAAAAGCGAUAUAGAAGCAUAAAGAAAUUUAAUGAUUGUCCAAAGAAUAAUGAAGAAUAUACACAUUUAUUUAUACGGCAAUUAAGUUAAAUUUACGGAAGAUAUUCAGCAUAACUGCAUAAUUUAAAGUAAAAACUUUUAAAUUGUAAAUAUAUCUUAAUUUUUUACGAUUUUUUUUUUAAUGAAUGCGGAAAGACAUAAGUGAUUACUAUCAUUGCCAGAAUACUACGUAAUCAGCUAGAAAUGUUGAGAUCGUAUACAUAUAUACAUAUAGGUAAUAUUUUUGAAGAUAGAGACUGAGAUAUUGAAAAGGACGUUUUUAAUGUUUUUUAGAGGUGUAUUUAGAUCUUCGACGGACACUUUUAUUGAUGAGGACACUAUUUUAGAGGAACAAAAGAGAUCGCGUGCUUGUUAAAAUUUGUCCAUCGCGUGAAAAUUUAGAUUGCGCCAACUUCCAUUAAUAUUACAAACUCGUUUCACGCAAGGAAGGAUAUAUUUUAUCAUCUUGCUUGCAACCUCGUACAAGAUCUGUUGUUACUGCAACAGUAGUUUUUCGCUACAGCCAGUGGACAAAAGUUUUUCGCUAUUACGAGAUAAUGCAUUUUUCUAAUAUUUUUUUCAAGUUUAAAAAAAACGAGACUUCAGGAUUUUUAUUUGACCGUCGAAAACAAAAACUGUAUUUAUACGUAUAUAAAUUAUUAAUGGUCCAACUGUCAUGUACCUUUUUCAUAAGCGCCUUUCCCAAAGAUUUUUUGUAAAUCGAAUGUACGAGAGUAUUGUCUAUUAUUAUAAAUGCGUGCCCUGUUGAGUGUUAUUACAUCUUCGUUGUGUUCAUAUUUGCUGUUCAGAGUAUAUAAUCUUUAAAUUAUUUGUAUUCUGCAUAGAGCUGCGGCAAAGAAUCCGCAAGAGUUGACACGUUUGAGUAUAUAUAAUAUUAUUUUGUAAAUUGAAUCGAGACAGUUGUCAAAUAUUUAUCUAUCCGAUACCGCUGAUUUUUGAAAAUUUUAUUUUUUUACUUUUAUCCAAAGCCUUCACAUUUUUAUAUCGGUGCGUUUCAUAAUGAAUAUAAAAAUGUGAUUGUAAGUUGAAUAUUUUUAAGGGAAACGUUUCUGAAAAUGAACAUAUUAUAUGUGCGGUAAAAAUGUGACGUUAUUAGAGAAAUAGCAGUUGUUUUAUAUUGAUGAACAAUUGGUAAAUUUUUAUAGUUUUGUAAGACAUCGUUUACGAUAUCGUUGCCAUAUAUUAUAUAAUUACUAUUUUUAAUUGGAUUAUUGACUACACUGAUAAUGUAUAACAAAACUUGCACUUUUAGCAGUGUGCUCUAGAUAGAGUUACUACAGACUGAUCGCGGCCAUGCAUAUAUAUUUAAAAUCUCUGUGAUUAUCGAGAGAACGGAAUUGCUUGAAAAAAUUCAAGUGAUUUCCGAUACGUCUCUCCUCCUCUCCCCUGCCCAUAUUCUUAUUUACGCAAAACAAUCUACGAAAUAUUGAUAUUAUCUUCUAUUUUUAUUGUAAGCCUAAAAAAGCACGCUUAUAAGCGAUGUAAAUCCAACUUUUUAGCGUACGCGGUAGUAUUGUGAAAAAUUAUGAAUACUAGUCAUACACAUUUUGCUUCCCAAAUAAUUCAGUUACCAGAUACACUUCUUAUUUCUUGUAUGCCAAAAGUGAAGUAUAUUAAGAAUUCUGACAAGAGUGAAAUAUAUGAAAUAGCGAGGCAUAGAUGUAUAUUGUAAUUACAAAUUGACAUUUAGUAAAAAAUAUAUCACCUAAGUAGUAAAUUGUUGGCUGAAGCUCGUAAGGGAGCAAUGUGAAUAAAAUAAAAAAAACCAUUGAGCA